UAUAUUGAGCGUAGCUAGGGUUAAGGAGCGGAGAGCUGCAACAACGAACGUCGAAACAGCAAUCGUAGCUUAAUCUUCAAUGGCGGCGAAGAAGUCUCCCCGGAAUCCUGAGCUAAUCAGGGGCGUCGGCAAGUUCAGCCGGUCGAAGAUCUACCACAAGAGGGGACUUUGGGCUAUCAAGGCGAAAAACGGCGGAAAAUUCCCUCACCACGAGAAGAAGCCAGUCGCGGCGCCGGCGGCUGAGAAGCCACCGAAGUUUUACCCCGCCGACGAUGUUAAGAAGCCUCUCGUCAACAAGCAUAAGCCCAAGCUGACUAAGCUUAGGUCCAGUAUUACUCCCGGGACUGUUCUCAUUAUCCUUGCCGGUCGGUUCAAGGGUAAGAGAGUUGUGUUCUUAAAGCAGCUUCCUUCUGGCCUUCUCCUUGUUACUGGGCCUUUUAAGAUCAAUGGAGUUCCUCUGAGGCGCGUGAACCAGGCUUAUGUGAUUGCAACUGCCACCAAGGUUGACAUUUGCGGUGUCAAUGUGGAGAAGAUUGACGACAAGUACUUUGGUAAGCAGGCAGAGAAGAAGAAGAAGAAGACCGAAGGAGAGUUCUUUGAGUCCGAAAAAGAGGAGAAGAAUGUGAUAUCACAAGAGAAGAAGGAUGAGCAGAAGGCUGUUGAUGCUGUUUUGAUUAAAGCCAUUGAGUCAGUGCCAGAUUUGAAGGCUUAUUUGGGUGCAAGAUUCUCACUGAAGGCCGGCAUGAAACCUCACGAGCUGGUCUUUUAGAGGAAAAGUCUCUUAGAAUGUUUAAUAUUGAAAUUGAAACUUGUCUUGUUUAUUUCUGUUUUCGGAUAUUGUUCUAUGUGAACUUGUUUUUUGAGGCUUUAUUUCACUAUUUUAUUGGUUAUAGACACCUCAAAUUAGAAAUGCACUAUGUGAUUUUCUUCCUUGA